AUGGAAGCUGCACUCGCACAGAUUGCUGAAGCUUUGAAGCUCCUCCAGGCGAAGACAGAAGCGAAGCCCAUCGAAGAUCGUGUAGUCGCUCUCAACAACGUGCUCUCUUUGAUCGGAACGUUCAAUUACGAGCCUGGGAAUGGUCAGACGUUUAAUCGCUGGUUCAAACGCAACGAGCCAUAUCUCUCCUCACAUUGCAACUCCGACGAUGAGCGUCGCCAGCUCAUACUCAAAGCUUUAGGCCCCCGAGAAUACAACCAACUGCGUGGCAGAACUUCCCCUGAGCAGCCCGAAAGCAAAUUGGUUGAAGAAAUCGUCAAUUCGACUAAGCUGAGUGGCGAUGAUUUUGAGUUCAGUAAACUAACGCUGCAGAACUUCAACAUAUUCAUCAUGCUUCUCCAACUUUCUGAUCCUUCGUAUAAGAGCCUGAGAGGCGUGAUCAUGAGAUCCGUCGACGAAAAGCCGGACAUCACCCUCGAGGAGCUUCGUACGGUCAUGAGGCGUUUCGAGACUAGAACCGUAGACACUGUAGUGGACAGCGACGCACAGAAAACGGUGAAGGAUGAACCUGUGGUUUUCGCAGCCAAAGCAGGGUUCAGUGGAAAGAAACGAGCGAAUCCGAAAUCUGACUCGGCGAAGCCUCCGAAAAGACCACACGCUUGCCCGGGUUGCGGGGGUGACCAUUUCCGAAAAGAUUGCAAGUUCAGAGAGGCGAAGUGCAAUACGUGUAGGAAAGUCGGUCACCUGGCUAAAGUUUGUCGGUCUGCCCAGACCAACAGUGUCCAAGUCAAUCAAAUGUUGAACAGAGCCAAGCUUGACGAGGGCCGAACCUUCGUGACGCUGAGCGUCAAUGGCAAGAAGGUGACAUUUCGCGCCGACUCCGGAGCAGAUAUCUCGACGAUGAAUCACGACACUUGGAAUGGUCUGGGAGCCCCCAGACUGGCCGUCUACGACUCUCAAUGCACACACGUGGAUGGUGGAAGCAUAAGGUCCAGAGGGUUCUUCAACGCACGCUUUCAAUUCAACGAUAAGUCGCUUGUAGAGCCCGUCCUCGUCCUCGAAAGCGGGAAAGCCAAUCUCCUGUGCGGCCGGUUGCUGAAGCAGCUCGGUAUCGUUUCCUGGAAGUUGCAGCCGGAAGUCCAAAUCAAUGGGAUCAGCACGAGUUCACUGACGUCGCGAUUCCCGAAUCUCUUUGAAACUGGGCUGGGCACAUGCACGAAAUUAGAAGUUCAUCUGCAACUGGCCCCAAACGCCGUGCCGGUUCAUCUUCGACCGCGGCCUGUCGCAUUCGCACUGCAGGAAUCAAUCGACAAAGAGCUGGACAGACUGGUCCAGAACGGAACUCUGAUCCCUGUGGAUUCGUCUGAUUGGGCUACUCCCAUUGUAGUCGUAAAGAAACCAAAUGGAGCAGUCAGAGUUUGCGCAGAUUACUCAACUGGGCUGAAUGAUGCGCUCGUAGACAUCGAACACCCGCUCCCGAACAUGGAAGAGGUGAUGACGAAAUUUUCCGGAAACAAAAUUUUCGCACACCUCGAUUUGGCGGAUGCAUACUUACAGCUACGUCUGGACACUCCGAGUCAGCAGCUGACGACGAUCACGACUCAUCGAGGCCUCUUCAGAUAUACAAGGCUUGUGUUUGGCCUCAAAACAGCACCGGCCAUAUUCCAAAAAACCAUCGAUCAGGCACUCGCUGGCCUGGAUGGCGUCCUGGUAUAUCUAGACGAUAUCCUGAUCAUGGCCCCGAAUUAUAAGCUCUAUGAACAGCGUCUGGUCGACGUGCUGCGACGGCUUGAAGAUUGGGGGUUCCGGCUACGGAUUGAAAAAUGCUUCUUCAACGUCCCUACGGUGAAAUAUCUCGGAAUGGUUAUAUCCGACAAAGGCAUUGAGGCUGAUCCGGCCAGGAUCGCCGUGAUCAAGAACCUGAGGAAGCCGGCGAAUCAAAAAGAAGUUCGUGCACUUCUAGGUCUGGUGAACUACUACGGCAAGUUCGUGAAAAACCUGCAUCGUUUCAAAACUCCAUUGGAGGCAUUGCUCGCGAAAGACGCUCGGUUUGAGUGGGGCGUGCAGCAUGACGCCGCUCUCACUGGCAUCAAGGACAUGCUAUGUGGUCCUUUGCUCCUGUCGCAUUAUGAUCCCCGACAAACGCUCGUGGUGGCCGCGGACGCCAGCCAAACUGGUAUUGGUGGCGUUCUACUACAGCGUUACGCGGACGGAAACGAGCGCGCGGUAUUCCACAUGAGUAAAUCUCUCAGCAAGUCCCAACGGAACUAUAGCCAGGUGGAAAAGGAAGCUUUUGCGCUGGUGACGGCCGUAGAGAGAUUCAAGAAAUUUGUUUGGGGGAGACGUUUCAUUCUUCAGACAGAUCAUCGGCCUCUUCUAGCUUUGUUCCGAACGUCAAACACCAAAGGAUUGCAGGAGCGCACCGCAGCAAGGCUCAAACGUUGGGCUCUUCGGUUGGUCGGAUUCGAUUUCGAAAUCGAGUACAUCAGAACUGAGGAGUUCGGUCAAGCCGACGCACUAUCGCGGCUUAUUGCUGAAGCCCGAGACUCAACCACGGACUCGGAGCUAGAAGAGGUUGUCGCCAACUUGGAUCAAUCCGUGGAGACUGAACUCGAAGCUCACAUCCUUGCUCUCAACACGGAAGAGUCCAGACACCGACUUGGCAGGGAAACCGAGCUCGAUCCGAUACUGAGCAAAGUUAUCCGGAGGCUUUCACACGGCUGGGCUGAGGCGGACAGAAAAGAUCCACAUCUCCGUCCUUUCUUGAAUGCUGCCGACUCCCUGUGCCUUUCAAAGAAUAUUUUGCUCUUGAAUGAACGUGUGGUUGUUCCGAAAGCAAUGCAGCCGACAGUUCUUGAGCAGCUACAUCUGGGUCAUCCAGGAAUUCGCCGCAUGAAGAGCCUGGCCAGACUGCACUUCUAUUGGCCCGCGAUGGCAAGUGACGUCGAGCACGUGGUCAGGAGUUGCUCACUGUGCAUUGACUCAGCCGCGAAUCCCGUAAGAGUUCCGUUGGCUCCGUGGCCAAACACCGACAAAGUUUGGUCCCGCAUCCAUAUCGAUUUUGGAGAGCCAAAAAGGGGGAAGACUUUCGUUGUGGUUGUGGACAGUUUCUCAAAGUACGUAGAUGCUCAGUGGCUACCCGCGUUGACAGCUGCAGGUCUCAUCUCGUAUUUAAGACAGUUGUUCCGCCAUUUUGGGCCACCAGACACAAUUGUCUCAGACAACGGCGCGCAAUUCACGUCUCAAGAAUUCGCCCAGUUUUGCUCUGACCUAAACAUCAUCCACCUACGCUGCGCGCCAAGAAUGCCCAUGUCGAAUGGUCUGGCAGAACGCAUGGUGCGAACGAUUAAGUCAUCUCUCGACGCGUCCGCGGGGUCACUCGACAGCGUAAUCUCGGCGUACAACUACACUCCGAACGCGACGAUCAAUGACGAUACUCCAGCAAGGAAAUUUUUUGGCGUGAUAUCAAGACCCCGUUCGACAUCUACAAGCCCGUGA